AUGUCGAUGUACUCUCAAAACAACCCAACGGCAAUGGCGCCGCCGCAGAAGCCAGAAACCUUUAUGCUCUCUGAUGCAGCGCAACAGAGUCUGCCACAAGAUGCGCAAGUCGCACUGCAGCAGGUCGAUAAUCUCAAAUACUUUCUCAUCUCUGCACCCGUGGACUGGACCCCCGAUCAAUAUAUUAGAAGAUUCCUCUUGCCGACGGGCGAGUAUGUGUCGUGUGUCUUAUGGAACAAUUUGUUUCACAUCUCCGGUACAGAUAUCGUGCGAUGUCUCUCCUUCCGAUUCCAAGCCUUCGGACGGCCAGUGAAAAAUCCGAAGAAGUUCGAGGAGGGUAUCUUCUCAGAUCUGCGCAACCUCAAGUCUGGCACCGAUGCAUCGCUCGAGGAGCCAAAGAGCCCCUUCCUCGACUUCAUGUACAAGAACAACUGUAUCAGAACGCAAAAGAAGCAGAAGGUGUUUUACUGGUACAGCGUGCCACAUGACCGACUCUUCCUCGAUGCGUUGGAAAGAGACUUGAAGAGGGAGAAGAUGAACCAGGAAGCGACUACAAUGGCAGUCAAUGAACCAGCUCUUUCAUUCGAGUUCGACUCCUCGCAGUCUUUGUUCGAGCAGCUCACAAAGAGUCAACAAGCAAACACCUCAUCCUUGAACGCUAGUUCGGCAUAUUCGCAAUCGACCUCGCCAGUCCUGCGUGCAGUGGACUCGAUGCCCCCGCCACAGAUGGUCCCCAGCUCGAUGCCCACGGUCACCGAAGAUCUACCGCAAACUAUGGGUGCUUAUUCUCAAGUGUCCAUGCCUUCUACCGCUGCAACAAACUUCAUAAAGCGUGAGCAGGACUAUGGACAGCUGCAGUACGAUCGAAAUGGCAUCCCGCUCACACGAGUGCACCAACGUCACACAUCCAUGCCCGCGUACAUGGAAUACUCCCCAGCCCCUUCCUUCGUCUCUUCGCAAUACGAAGACUACAGCCAGCGAGGUAUGUCGUUCGAGCCUGUCACUCCGCCUCAGCAUGCACAAAAUCUAGCGGAGCCAGCGUACAUUGCCAACGAGGACACUGGUCUCUACACAGCCAUUCCUGAUAAUUCUCAAAACUACAAUCCCUUGAUGCAUUUGCCUACUGCCAACCUCUCGGGAGGCCAGUACAACGCCACUCAGAGGUACCCCUCGAGUAACGUCUAUUCCGUUAUUGAGGGAUCUCCUACCUACAAGCAGAGGAGACGAAGGUCUUCAAUCCCUCCGAACGUGACAAACGGUGUCCCAAACACUACUGCUACUGCUACUGCGACUGCUGCCAUGCCCCACGCACCACACCGUCAGAGCGAUCUUCGCCGGUCGGUGUCCGCUUCAGUUGGGCCAGAAGAGGGAGAUGGCGAACAUAAUUCACCACAACCGGGGACUUUGGCCAAUGGCUACGCCAACAUGGUGCAGCAGCAUAAGGAGAUGUUGGAGCAAAUGUCCCGUCAUACCACGCCAUUGCCCACUCUGGAAGGUAGCCCAGCGCCACACAACCUGGGCAUGAUGCCGCCACAAGACAAUUACAACGGGUAUCAGGCCGAGAACAUAUCCAGUUCAAUAGACAACAGCCCGGUAGCUGCCCGAGGUGAUAGGCCUGGACCCGUACGGAGAGCCCGGAGUGCGACUCUGAUGGAGCUGGGUCCUUACCCACACAAAUCCCAUUCGUGCCCAAUCCCCACCUGUGGCCGUCUUUUCAAGCGAUUAGAACAUCUCAAAAGACACGUGAGAACCCAUACUCAGGAGCGACCAUACGUAUGCCCACACUGCCAGAAGGCUUUUUCACGGUCUGAUAACCUUGCUCAACACCGCCGCACACAUGAAGCCCGCCCCGAUGGCGAAGUGGGCGCCUACAGCGACGAAGAUCUUGAGGCCGAGGAGAAUGAAUUUGGGGUACUCGAUGAUGAAUCUCCACCACCGCCGGACCACAGCUACAUGUCGAAUGGGUUGACGAAUGGUUUGACCAAUAGCCCAAUGACCAAUAUGACAGCAGCCUCCAUGCGAAUACCAACCACCGGCAUGGGAACAGGCCACGUCAUGGCGCCUCCUCAAAUGAUAUCGACCCAGCAUAUGCUACAGCAACAGAUCUAA